AUGGCUGGAGCUUACGUGCGCACGGGGGGCGUGCUCGCCCUGAUCUGCUGCGUGCUGGCCAUCAUCGGCGCCGACGCGCUGGAGCCCAGCGGGUGGGUGAGGGCGCACGCCACGUUCUACGGCGGCAGCGACGCCUCCGGCACAAUGGGCGGCGCGUGCGGGUACGGGAACCUGUACGCGCAGGGGUACGGCACGCGGACGGCGGCGCUGAGCACGGCGCUGUUCAGCGACGGCGCGUCGUGCGGGCAGUGCUACAAGCUCGUGUGCGACCGCAAGACGGACAAGACGUGGUGCAAGCCCGGCGUGUCGGUGACCAUCACCGCCACCAACUUCUGCCCGCCCAACUGGGACCUCCCCAGCGACAACGGCGGCUGGUGCAACCCGCCGCGCCCCCACUUCGACAUGGCGCAGCCGGCCUGGGAGAAGAUCGGCGUCUACCGCGGCGGCAUCAUCCCCGUCAUAUACCAGAGGGUCCCCUGCGUGAAGAAGGGCGGCGUGCGGUUCACCAUCAGCGGCCACGACUACUUCCUGCUGGUGCUGCCCACCAACGUGGCGGCGGCGGGGUCGGUCAGGGCCAUGGACAUCAUGGCGUCCAAGUCCGGCGGGGAUUGGAUGUCCAUGACGCGCAACUGGGGCGCCAACUGGCAGAGAGGCGGCUACCUCAACGGCCAGACCCUCUCCUUCAGGCUCACCAUCACUGACGGCCAGACCAUCGUCUUCUCCAACAUCGUGCGCUCCAGCUGGACGUUCGGCCAGACGUUUGCAAGCAACCUGCAGUUCAAGUGA